AUGGCAAGUUCGCUAACAUUGCUGCUGCGAACAAUACUGCAGCCCUUGCAGUUUCUGGAAAGGGCUGUUGUGGUGGCAGAGCCAUGUUGUGGCAUCAGUGGUUAUAGGUCUUUGUGUUCCUCCGUGGGCGUGUCCUGGGAGCCAACAGCUGUUUAUGAAAAUGACAAAGGCCUUGCGCAUUUUUGGAGAGAUUGUUUGGGGCAGCAAGCAGAUCAGCUCAACUUGGGCAUGCAUGGCGACAUUUUGAAGGUCGACGUUGCUUCUUUGCAACAGGAGCCCGAGGGGCUGAUCGCUGGGCCUCCCUGCCAACCUUGGGCCAUGUGCGGGUUGCGACCUCAGCAAGCAGAUCCAAGGUGCGAAGUGUGGGAACAGACAGUGGAAAUGAUUAUUCAUUUUGCACAUAGAGGAAGCCUGAUGUUUUUCCUUUUGGAAAACAGUUCGGCCAUGAUGGGCUCACGUUUUCUUGAUGACACCUUGGAGCGACUGCGGCUUUGCAUCCCAUGGUUUGAAAUCGAUUUUGUUAAACACGACUUGGGUUCAGUUGGGCCUAUGCAUCGCGAAAGGUUAUGGGUAAGAGGAUUGAGAAAAGAUUGCCUGUCAGAAGAUGGCAAGCUUCCUGCCGUGCUGCGUCAGCCCUGGGAGACUGCCGGAAUCCAACCUCCCACCCUCCGAAGCUUGCUCCUGCCAGGUAAAGCUAAUGACACCACAGACAGCAUGACUGCAACUCAAGCUGCCAACCUCCAGCUUUACAUCCAGGCAGUUGCAGAAGAGAGGCGAAAGCACGAGUUCGACCUUGCUGUUGUCGAGUUGGACAGAUGCCCCUUGCGGGCCGUCGGAGGGAGAGUCCACAAAGACCGGGUGCCCAGUCUGCGAACACAGGGGCCUCUAUUGUUUGUGCUGUCCACUGCAGACAUCCAUCUGCCCAGCAGCCAGAUGGAGUUUCAUCGUUAUGUGCUGCCAGAAGAAAGGCUCAUCCUUCAAGGUCACAGCCCAAAUCUUCUCCAGCAUUUCAAAAGCAAGCAACAUGUUCUGCAGGCAGCAGGCAACUGUUUCAACUUUUUGCAGGCCAGCAUAAUGUUGGCCCCACUCCUGCGUGCUGCUGUAGUAGCUGGGAAGUUGUGGCGAGGUGUUCGGCAGCCUCGCUUGUCUCGACUUGAGCUCAGCAGUCUUUGUUUUGCAGAAGUUUGUGAUGCACCCAGCACCAAGCCAGCUGUUGUUUCACCACCAAGAAAAAGACAAAAAAUGAGGGCAACCAUCGAAUGGGCACUCAAGACCUUGUGA